UUGAGUUUCAGCUUCAAUGAAAUUCUGAAGCUGUGGGUCAACUGAAGCAGCUGAACUCUUGUCUAAACUCAUACUUUGUUGAAAAUACCGUAAUUUGCAAGUCACUCGCUAAACAUUAAAUAUUAUACGUGCAAACACACUGCAGCUUAGUCAGCAAGAGCAAGUAAUCACAGAUCAUCAACGCGGUUGUUUGCCAACCUGCUGCAAAGAUUAUCAACAAGAAGAAAAUUCCCACAGUGGAAAUUUUUUUAUUUUCUAGUGAAGGACUGGAUACAACACGGGUGUGAUUAUAUUCUUAUCGUAAAUGUUUUUUAAGAUACGUUAAAAUGCAUACAUACACAUUCCAUUUUCACAAAGUUCUACAAAAAUUGUUUCAGGUUCAUAGGUUAGGUUUUAUAGUUGUUGGCUAAACUGGGAUACGUGGGGUGUAUUUGUCGCUUUUGUUUAUAAAUGUCUGGAUAAAAAUGUCUGAGUUUUGUAAAUAUUCAAUUAUUUAGAAAUAAGCACCCAUAAAUUAACAAUACGACCGUGAAUAAUGUGCAUUGUACAUAAUGUGCAGAAAAGGUGUCGUCUGUGUUUGUCAGAUAGUGGCGAAAAUUUGUCAAUAUUUGAUCAACAGUUUUGUGAAGGAAUUCCCUUGUCACUGAAAAUUAUGGUUUGUGUAUCUCUAACGGUGACACCUGAAGAUUUUCUGCCUAAACUUAUCUGUGCUCAUUGUAUGAAUUUGGUCAGUCGAUUUUACGAGUUCAGAGAGACGUGUAUGAACACACACAUGACAUUGAUGCAGUGCACAGCCAGUAAGGACAAUUCACAAAUUACAUCCACAUCUGAGGUUCCAGAACAAGAUGAGGAGAAAGAGACUCUGGGUAUUCUUGAAGUGGCAGCAGUUCAAGGGGUGCUGCCAGAGGAUGAUAAAAGUGUUAUUGAAUUGAACUGCUUGGAAGAAUUGCAGUUUGCUGAUGAUUCUGUGGAAACAGUGACUGUAAUUUGUGGUGAGUUUCAAGAAGUCAUUGAUGCAGUUGACACAGGUAGUACACAGGAGGACAGUGGUGGAAACAGUGAAGAGGUGAAUGUACAUGAUGAAGAGCAAGGCCUGAUACUACAUAUAUCAUCAAGUAAAGAAUCAAAUGGUAUGUCCACAGUCAAGAAAGAAGGAACAGACAGUGACAGACUGUUGGAAAUUGGCACAGACCUUGAGGUGGGUUGCCUUGUGGAGUUAGAGAAACUGUCUGGGACAACAUACACUCUGAAACCUUUUAAAAGUGAAGGACCUGAUCAGUUGACGUCUGCAAUGUCAGGUCUGCGGCGACGAUACAAGUGCACAGGAUGCAUCAGGGUGUUCUCUACACUCAGUUCUCUGGACAAACACUGGGACACCUGUCAGCAAGAAGCGAACACUAAACGUGAACAGGAGCCAGGUGAUGUAGAUGCAACUAAGGAAGUACAAGAGCCAGAUGUGAAAAUUGAAGAGUGCUCAGAAUCUGAAAAGUCAUCUCAGAAACAAAAACGUGUUCGGUGGGGAGCGGCAAGGAAGUAUCCCUGUUCAACAUGUGGUAAGGUGUUCAAGAUACCAGCAAUGUUACGCAAUCAUGAGCGAGUUCACACAGGUGAACGACCAUUCCUUUGUAGUUUGUGUUCACGCUCGUUCACGCAGAUGUAUGCCCUUCGUAACCAUGAGCAACAGCACCGUGGAGAGUCUCCCUACCGAUGUGAACAGUGUGGUAAGGGAUUCUUCCGGCCUUCUGACCUUGAGAAACACACACGAUCACACACUGGUGAACGCCCAUUCAUGUGUUCUGUUUGUUCCAAGGCUUUUCAUCAGCUGAGUGGACUUGUGGUGCAUGAACGAAUACAUACAGGUGAACGUCCUUAUACUUGUUCCUUCUGUUCUAUGUCAUUUAACCAGUGGGCAAACAAGCAACGGCAUGAAAAGACACAUGCAGGGGGAUCUAAGCCCUAUUCCUGUGAUGUGUGUCAUAGGAAGUUUUCUGAACGGACAGAGAUGGAGCUCCAUCGUGCGGGGCAUGGUGGUGGGCGUCCACGUGCUUGCCAGUAUUGCUCAAAGUCAUUCAGGAAGCCAUCAGAAUUGAGAGACCAUCUGCGACGAAUUCACACCAAUGAACGUCCAUAUCACUGUGAGCUGUGUUCCAAGGCAUUCUUUGUGGCACAUGAACUGAAGCAGCACUUAAUGGUGCAUACAGGGGAACGGCCAUUCACAUGUUCAUUCUGUCCGCAGACAUUUACACAGAAAGGAAAUCUGAAGAGGCAUCUUGAACGACACCAUCAAGGUGAGGCGGUGGAUCAAGAUGAGGCAACUCUCAUAGUAGAAGAGGUUGAUAUUGAUGACAUGCAGCUUGCUGUGGUGGAAGCAUCAGAAUAGUGGGACCCUCCUGUCAGUAAAUGAAGGUUAUGAGAAGA